AUGGAAACGAAGAGAUCAACAAGAAGAAAAGUUGAAGAAAAGAAACGAUUGAAGAAAGAACAGAAAAAGAAAGUGAAGAAGUUGAAGAAACCGUCGGUCGAUCGGAAGAAAGAGUAUGAAGAGAACAAUUAUUCAUUGGAAAAGAAAGUGCGACGAUUAGCAAAAUGGAUGGAAGACGCCGAGACGACACUUGUUUAUACAGGAGCCGGGAUCAGCACGGCUGCCAACAUUCCUGAUUAUCGAGGCCCGAACGGAGUCUGGACUUUAGCUUCACAAGGAAAAGAAAUUAUUCGUUGUGGCAACAUCAUGUCCACCGAGCCGACCACUUCCCAUAUGAUUCUUAAAGAAUUGCAUCGACAACGCUACAUCACCCACAUUUUGUCACAAAACUGUGACGGUCUUCACUUGAGAUCCGGUCUCCCGCAAACGGCUCUCAGCGAAAUACACGGAAAUAUGAAUAUUGAGGUUUGCUCAAAAUGUGAACGGCAGCACAUCCGAGCGUAUGAUGUAACGAUGAAGAGCGCUUUACAAAAGCAUGGAACUGGCCGUUUUUGUGAUUCUUGUAAAAACGAGUUGGAGGACACGAUCGUUCAUUUCGGAGAGUGCGGAAGAGUGAGAUGGCCGUUGAAUUGGGAUGGUACUCGAAGACAUCUUCCCAAGGCAAAUCUCAUCAUUUGUGUUGGCACCUCGUUGGCUGUGCUCAAAGCAUACGGAGAGUUAUGGCCGGAGAAAGAUCAAGAAACAAAAGUGGUUAUCGUGAAUCUCCAAUGGACAGUGAAAGACAAAGAAGCUGAUAUGAAAAUCCAUUCAAAAUCUGAUAAUUUCUUUGAGAAAUUGGCUUAUUAUUUGGAUAUUCAACCGGAUCCAUAUUGCAGAUCCUGUGAUCCUGUGUUGAAUCACAUUCCAAUAAAAGAGAAGUUCGACAAAAAGAAACGAAAUGAUAUCAUCAGAAAGAUUUCAACGUGUGAUUGUGAUGGGGUUAAAAGAAUCGUUGACUUACCAACAAUGCCGACUCUUGAUCAGGAAGAGGCUUCAACAAGCGGAGAAAUGCCCGGAUGGUGGGCAUAUGGAUUGAAACAGCAAAUGAGUACAGGGAAAAAGAAAGGACGAGUCGCUAAAUUGAAGAAACACCGUAAGGAUUCCGAGCAACAAAUCGUGCAACAAGUGUUGAAGGAUUUGCUGGAUAAACUGGAUCCACAAAGAUCACCAAGAACGAUUCCAAAAGGAGAAUUGAAAUCUGAUGAAGCGACGAAUUCAGAGAAUUCAGACAAAGAAUUGGAUGAAGUGAAGAUGAACGGAAAACGAAAACGAAUCACAUCGAUGAAAGAUCGGAGAGUGAAAACCCCGGAAUUGAUGUCGAGAUUGGGGAUUGAGGCCGGGGUUUUGCUGGGUGAUUCGAGCAAUGAUUCGGAUUCCGACGAUGAUUACACGAUAUCAAAGCAACAAAUGGGCUCCGAUCAUCGACCGGGUCUUCGAGCUACGAGGCGAUCUAGCAAUACACAGUCAACUCCAUCAUUAUUGGACGGUCUACCGCCAAGAAUUAACAAGAAUCGUGGUCAGACAAGGAAACGAAAAUCGGUGAAAGAAGAAGAGAAUGAAGAUGAUGAGAUCACAAAGAAGAAAUCAUUGAUGGAAACGUUUAAAAAAGAGAAUUCAAUGGAGUUUACAUCAACAAGUGUCUCAACUCCUUCAAUGGAUUCACAAGCAGAAGAAGUUGAAGUAUUAAAUCGAAGACAAGGCAAGGGAUCUCCUUGCUCAUCGAUAUCUGAAGAGAUUGGAGGAUUGGGAGAAAAGUCUUUAAUACCAGAGACUGUAAUUUUUUCUCAAAAAGUUGAACCUAAGACUGAAAUGACUGUUCGCGAAUUCAUCUCUUCACAAUCGAGUUCAAUUGAGCCAUCAUUGAGACGAGAGCCUAAUGAGUCGCUGGACGAUUUCUUGGCGCGGACUCUGCCUCCAGAAUACUAUCGACAAAGUGAACGGAUCGAGACUCCAAGAGGUGAUCCAAAUCCCUUGUCCACUUUCGAUUCGCCGGGUGUUUUCGCCGAAAUGGUUCAAUUGGCUGAAGAAGCGUUUGUGUUGGCCAGUCGAAUCAAAAGUGAUCGACCGGAGAACUCGGAAAAUCAGAGACCCAAGCCAUCCAUCACUUCACCUAAAAAAAAGUCUCAAUGUACCUCAGUUAUCCAU